AUGUAUUGGGAAAGAAGUGAAAGUGCGAAUGUCAUUCGUCGCGCUUUUCAAGAUUUAGACAAACGGGCGAAUGCUGAACAUCGUCACGUGAUUAUCAAAUUGAUGAUCGAUCGUCCAAACAUCACAAAUACUGUUCAAUAUCAUUCAAUUCUUCGUCCGACAAAAUGGUCUGAUUACGAUCUUCCAGCUCCAGAUGAAAUUCCUAAUAUUUCUCUUGAAGUUCAUAAUUACCAUCAUUUCAUUAUGGGAACUUUUCAUUCGAAAUUUCUUAUAGUCGAUCGAAGAGUUGUACUUUUAAAUAGUAAUAAUAUUCAAGAUCGUCCAAAUCUCGAAAUGAUGUCGCAAUAUGAAGGAGAGAUUGUCAAUUCCUUUUACGAUACAUUUUUGAUCUCAUGGUCGAUUCCUUUUCAACCAAAUCUUGUUUGUUUAAAUGACAAUCCUCUCAUUGAACAAUCACACUUUGAAUAUCUGGAAAAUGAAAUUCCUUUGCAAAGAUUUCCAUUUGAUCAUAUCAAUCCAACGAAUAACAAACAAAAUUCUUCAUCACUUGUCGACCGAAUAUUCGAUUUUCAUAAAUCUUCCACUUCGUCUCAUGAAAAACUUUCGAAUGAACAAAUCGAAAAAUUAACAUCCGAAUUUACUCCGUUUAUUUGUCACCGUUCACAUCAGCCAUUUCCAAUUGUAUUGGUCAACCGCUCACCUCAUGGUACACCGAUGCAUAGGAAUAAAACGAAUCCACAAAAUGCUGCGUGGAUAAGUGCGUUUCGAUUUGCGGAAAAAUCUAUUUUCAUUCAAACACCAACAUUCAAUGCUUCGCCAGCGAUCGAAGGAAUUGUUGAUGCUUGUCGAAGAGGAAUUAAAGUGACAUUGUGGCUUGGAUGGGGAUUCAACGAUUUGAAAGAAGGUCGAGGAACAUUUCAAGGUGGAACUAAUAAACAAGUUGUAAAAAAGUUAUAUAAAAAAUUGAAGAAAAUUCCAAAUGGAAUCGAAAAUAAUCUCGAAGUGUUUUGGUAUGUGGCUAAAGAUCAAAUGAGACCAAUUCAUUUUUCGGAAAAGAAGCGAAAUUGUCAUAUUAAAUUUAUGUCGAUUGAUGAUCAAGUUGCCAUUAUGGGUAACGCAAAUAUGGACAGUUUCUCAUGGUUUCAUUCACAGGAAAUAAAUACAAUGAUCGAUUCACCUUUGAUUGUUCAAGAUUGGAUCAAUGGUUUAUACAAAAAUCAAUCAACGAACAUUUACGGAAAAUUGAAUAACGAUGGAAAAUGGUGUGAAAAUAAUCAACAACAAUCACUUGUGGACUCUCAUUAA